CAGCAGCCUUCAUUCGGACUGGACGGAGGUUCAACCAUGCGCUGCUCCACCCUACUCGGCAUCCUCACGGGGGUGCUUCUCUACUUGGUGCUGGGAGCCGUGGUGUUCCGUGCUUUAGAGACUCCACGACAGGAGGGAAAGCACAAUCAUCUGCAGGACACACGCCGGGACUUCUUGUUGAACUUCACGUGCAUGGGCCCAGAAGACCUCCAGACCCUUAUAGAGGAAGUAGUGGAGGCCGUUGGUGCUGGAGUGGAUCCCAGCAGCAACUUCACCUUCGUCAGCCAAUGGGAUCUGGCCAGUGCCUUCUUCUUCUCAGGAACCAUCAUCACAACCAUCGGUUUUGGAAACAUCUCCCCCAAGACAGAAGGAGGGCAGCUGUUUUGCAUUUUCUACGCCCUGGUGGGAAUCCCGUUGUUCGGUAUCCUGCUCGUUGGAGUCGGAGACCAUCUGGGUACUGGGUUGAGGAAAGCUGUUGGCAAAAUAGAGACUCUCUUACGGAAAUGGCGAGUUAGCCCGACCAUCGUACGAGUGAUCUCUGCCGUCCUGUCCAUCCUGCUGGGCUGCCUGCUCUUCGUUGCAUUGCCUAUAUUCGUUUUCCAAGAGGUUGAGCAUUGGACUCUUCUUGAGUCGGCCUACUUUGUGGUAAUCACCCUGACGACGGUGGGGUUCGGAGAUUAUGUUGCAGGGGAUUCUGGAAAUGGGGGAAGCGAGCACUGGUACAAGCCUUUGGUGUGGUUCUGGAUCUUGCUGGGCCUUGCCUACUUUGCCUCCAUCCUGUCUAUGAUUGGUAACUGGCUUCGAGUUCUAUCUAAGAAGACCAGAGCUGAGAUGGAAGAGCUUCGAGCCCACGCAACGGACUGGACUCAAAAUAUCCAGAACAUGUCGGUGGACUUUCGCAUUGCAGGGAAAAUCGAUGACCCCUUCAAACGGCGUCGACGAAAGCGCCGCCACGGCCCUCGUGUCCAUGGUCACAGUGUGUCAGCUAACGGGGUCCCCGAUGGUAAAGAGGAGCAGCGUGAGAGUCACACAGAGUCUGAGUCUUACUCUUCCUCCUCUUCCUGCUCUAAUGAAUCAGGGUCUGAAUCAGAGUCAGACUCCCAGGCCACUCAGACGGAGCGAGUGCCCGGAGAAAAAACUGCAACAGAGCCUAAAGAGGAGACGACUCUUCCAGAUCCACAGCUGUCUCAGCCUCUGGACUACUUUGGGGAGAACCUGGCCUUCAUCGAUGAGUCUUCAGAUGCCCAGAGUGGGAAACUACACUUAGAUCCUCUGAUUGAUACUUCACAACCAAACUCUGCACGCCAUCGUCCGGCCAGGAGGAGACGCCAAAGAAGACCUGUUCCCCCGAGAAGCCCCAAAAUCAACCGCUCCUCAAACCCUGACAAGAAAGAACCCAAUGGAAAACCAGUUCCAGCUGUGCCAGUAAAGCCUCAGGAUUGAAGCUGAUAACAGGUGCUCACACAAGUAUCACCCUGAGAGAUAUGAGAGAGUAAUUCUCAACAUAGCAAUUAAUGUGUGUAUAUGUACUGCUUACUUACAGACACUUAAAAUUAAAAUGCUGCAGAUGCCUUAGCCACUUGUGGUUUGCUUUUAAUGCAUGCAAGUGUGUAUGCCUCAAUCAGAGAUGAUGAUAUGCCAAUGUUCCCAUUACUUUCUGAGGAGUGACUGCUCUCUACUGGGCCAAAACAGAAAUGCACUUCUACCCCUCUCCACAUGAGGGUUCCCGCCUUUUACUAAUCCAGAAACAAGAAAGAGAGAUAGGUAGUGAGAAGUGUCCACAGUGGUGUGGAGCUCCAGGUUGCUUUGGUCUGAGACAAUAACACUUUAAUCCUGCCAAUCAUUAAACGGGUACUCAAACAGGCUCUUGAACAUUUUUGGUAUGUAACAACUUUUUUAAAUUCUGUGUACAACCAUAAUAUUGGCAUUCUGAUGGCCAAAUGCAUUAAUCCUACUGAACUGCAUAUGUA